AUGGAACCCCCAUUUUCUCAUCAAUAUAAGUAUAUAACCCAUAUCUUUUUGUAAUACUAUCACUUUUUGGAACUAUUGCACCUACUUGAUUAAAAUUUUAUAUCUGCCACUGAUCAUAAGAUGAAGUGUAUAGCGCCAUUGUGGGAAUCGGGUGGUAGAAAUAUUCCAUUAGUGCCCUUGGAAAAUAGUACAAACUACAGCUAUCCCACUCCAACUAAGGGAACAAGAACAACACUGUUGGGCACUUGGGCUGGAACCCUGCAAUGGGUUAACAAGCGGAGAGGAACCGGGAAGUGUAAGAGAUUCUCACCCCAAAGAGCCCUGAUCCGGAUUGCACUCAAAGAUGUUUCUGAUGAUUUUGAUUAUGAUUGUGAAAGUACUUGUUCCGCUGAGGAUGUUCUAUGCUCAAAACAGGACAGAAACAGAGGAAAUGAGGAAUCUAUAACAAAAGAAACAGUAGUCAACAAGCAAGAAGAGGAACCAUCUUCAAACUCAGGUUUAGAAGAGCCUAAAACACCAACCACCCCUUCAACAAAUACUGAGAACCCAAAAACUCGUGCCAAUAACAAAGUAUGUUCAUCCCAAGACCUUUCUAAGAAAGAUCAAGACCAAAGUGAUCAAGCAAGCAGUAACUCUGAGUCACAAGAUGAAACCCUUUUGAAAAAACCUGAAAAAAUCCUCCCUUGUGCAAGGUGUAGUAGCAUGGACACAAAAUUCUGUUACUUUAACAACUACAAUAUUAGCCAGCCACGCCACUUCUGUAAAAAAUGUCAAAGAUACUGGACUGCUGGUGGCUCCAUGAGGAAUGUUCCGGUGGGCGCAGGCAGGCGGAAGAGCAAGAAUUAUGCGGCUUCUCAAAACCAUCAUCUAGUGAUUCCGGGAGCUUCUAAUGGACUAAUCCACCAUGUGAUGGGCCCAGAUGGAGCACUUGUUGCCUUUGGGAUGGAUUCAACUCAUUCAAAUGCUUCACAAAACUUUCACACAAAUGGGUUUUUCAGGUCUGAAAAUGAAACAAGAAGCUCCAUCAGUAAUGGAGGGGGAACAGAGAGUGUUCAGCCAGUUCCAUGUUUUCCUUACAUUUCAUGGCAACCAGGGUUUCCUGUAUCAUUUUACUCAACCACCUCACCUCAAUGGGGUGAAAAUGUAGCUGCAGCACCCUACAAUCUACAAUGGCUACCAACCCCAUCAUUGAACUCAGAUCAAUCUUCCACAACUUCCAGUCCUAAUAAUUCUACCACCCUUGGAAAACAUUCUAGAAGCUCGAAAGAGUUGGAAUUCGAGAAUUCAAGAGUUGUGAUGCCAAAGACAUUGAGAAUCGAUGAUCCUUUAGACGCUUCUAAGAGUUCGAUAUGGACUACUCUCGGGAUCAAGAACAACAAUCAUAAUGUUAGCUCUUCAAUCGGGAGAAUAGCUUUUUUGGGUGAGUCACAGCAAGCCAAGGAUAUGCCUGAUAUUGAAGCAUCAUCUAUGGUUCUACAAGCCAAUCCCGCGGCAUUCUCCAGAUCCCUUGCAUUUCAUGAAAUUGCACAAUGAGUGUUGCUUGACUGGAAUUUGAUCAAUGUAAUAUGUAACUAGAUAGUGACUUAAAAGUAGAUUUUGAUGAGUUUGUCAAUACCUGUAUUUAGGUGUGCCAUUGAAGCUGCACAAAUCAGCAAAUGAAGUACAAACUCUUCACGAAUUUGGCUUCUCAUUAGCUAAGAGGAGCCUUCCCCGUCCCCUUCCUUAUGUUUUCCUCAACUGAGUUUGUGUAUAUAUCUACCAAGUUUUUUCAACCAAGCAAUUCUUCUUACAA